AUGCCGCCUCUUCCCGCGAAGGAACGGGCCUUGUUCCAGCAUCAGGCCGCCGCCGCAGGCCUUCAGCAAGCCAGAGCCGCGCCGCAGCGCAGAUUCAAUCCCAGCCAGCUCGGACUUUCCUCCCCAUCGGCUCAACCCCAUCAUGUUCCUCUCAGACUGAGUGGAGGGGAGGGCUGGUGCUCUGGGAGGCUGGAGGUGUAUCAUAACACUGUGUGGGGCUCAGUCUGUGAUGAUCUGUGGGACAUCAGGGAUGCUCAGGUGGUCUGCAGACAGCUGGGUUGUGGAGCAGCACUGAGGGCUGAUGGGAAUUCAGUCUUUGGUGCUGGUGAAGGUGUUGUGUGGCUGAACAGAGUCGAGUGCAGAAGGAAUGAGAUUCACCUGUGGGACUGUCCUCUCUCCCUGAAGAACCACACUGACUGCUCCAACAAAGAUCACGCUGGACUCACCUGUGCAGAUUUGUCAGUGUCCACUACUCCUGCCACAACAACAUCAUCUUCUCCUGCAGUUUCUCAGACAGUGAGCUCAACAUCAGUCACUCGUCCACAAACUCCUCCGUCUCUCUCUGUGCUUGUGAUUGUACUGGGAGUUGUGCUCUUACUGUUCUUAGUGCCACUGCUUAUACUGAUUCAGCAGAACAGAGUGAUGAGGAGAGCUCUCUCUAAGAGGAGACACAGGAGCAAGACUGAGGCUGUUUAUGAGGAGAUUCAUCACAGACACAAUCACUUCACUCAGAGGGGUGAGUAAGUAUCAUAAUGUCUGAUUUGUGGAGGUCAACAGGGUAAUGAGUUUAUUCAGAGGGUUAGUGGAGUAAA